UAUGCCUUCUGCGCACGCGCGGAUUUAUACCCGGAAACUGUGACAGGUGCUUCUGCAGCAACAACAUGCUAAUGUUUUUACUCCAAACAGGGAAUCGUGUCAUGUUUUAAAGUAGGUAGCGAAAUAGAGUCAGGAUGCCUGCCCGAAACAUAGUAACCAGUGGGAUUCCCAACAGCAAAGUCCGUUACUCCAAAUUGGCCAAUGAUGACGAUGGCUACAUAGACUUACAGUUCAAAAAGAGUCCACCCAAGGUGCCAUACAAGGCCAUCGCCCUGGCAAUUGUGCUGUUCUUAAUCGGGUCCUUGCUGAUAAUCAUUGGAGGCUUGCUUCAGGCCGGCUACUUCCACGUCUCACAUCAGGAUCGCACCAUUCCGGUCCUAAUCAUCGGAAUCCUGGUUUUCCUUCCUGGAUUUUAUCAUCUGCGGAUUGCCUACUAUGCCUUCAGAGGUUACCGUGGUUACUCCUACGAUGACAUUCCUGACUUUGACUGAUGGCUCUACGGCAACCGGACACUCCUGAGGAAAACUCCAUUGUCUUCCGGGCCAGUCGGGACUGUGUCUGACCAGUGCUUAAAGAUGUUUAAAAUGUAAAAUAUGUAAAUGCACUAGGAAUAUGUGUUAGUCUGUUAUAUUUAAUUCCAUUUCCCAUUUACAUGACAGAUUCUGUAAUCAUUAACUUUAUGGUAGUCAGGUGUGGCCCUGGCUUCGCACUUGCUUUUGAUAUUGUAUGUGAAGAGCGCUAUGCUGCGUCGUGGAUGCGUUUGGAUGACUGCUUUCAUUCCAAACCCUGUGUGAGAGAACCUGUGUGUUCCCUGUCUCUACCGCCCGCCCCCCUGACUGCCCUCAGUAAUGGACCGGGCUCCCGGUUCUGUGUUCGGCCCGGUGUUGAAUGAGUCCGAGGAAACUGGAAGAGCUGAGAUGAGACACAUCUGCCCACCGUCGGCCAUUCACAUGUAUGGCCCUGUGUGACCCCCAGCCUGAACUCGAUGGCCGGUCUUCUCUUCCCCCGCUGAAUUCCAGAGAGAAGCAGCUAUCUGAAGCGAUUAAACAUGAAGGCUUUCAUCUCCGCAUGCAGUCCCCAAACACACAGGCACCAUGCAUGCACAAGGAAUUAAACUUCCUCACACACACACACACACACACACACACACACACACACACACACACACACCCUCAUCACUCGAAGGCUCCCACUCUUAAUUGUCCUGCCCCUGGAUUAAUUUGUCUUUAUUUGCUGGAUUUCCUUUGUAAUUCUGUUGUAGUAAAAGCCACACUUUAAUCAGUGUGCUUAGUUCUGUCAAAUCAACUGGGGCUUAAUGUAGCGUCCGGAGAGCUGCACACUAGGACAGCCCCUGCACUGCUGAACCGACUGCAGCACAAACUCAUGUUCAAACAAUAAAACUUGAAUGCGCCGCUC